AUGGCUCAGGAGCUUGGAGAUAAAGUGCCUUUCUGCCCAAUUGUUGCCUCGGAAGUCUACUCAAGCGAAGUGAAAAAAACUGAAGUGCUUAUGGAAAAUUUUAGAAGAGCAAUAGGACUGCGUGUCAAGGAGAAGAAAGAAGUUUACGAAGGUGAAGUAACGGAGCUUUCUCCCGUUGAGACGGCAAAUCCACUCGGCGGUUACGGUAAAACUAUCUCACACGUGGUUGUCUCAUUGAAAACAGCCAAAGGUAGCAAGCAACUCAAGCUUGACCCUAGCAUCUAUGAUACUAUUCUCAAGCAAAGGAUAGAAAUAGGAGACGUGAUAUAUAUCGAAGCUAACAGUGGCGCAGUGAAGCGACUGGGACGCUGUGAUGUUUACGCCUCAGAAUUUGACCUUGAAGCAGAUGAAUUUGUUCCUUUACCCAAAGGUGAUGUGCAUAAGACUAAGGAGUUAGUACAGGUAAGCAACGUUGUGCUCUAUGCUCUCAAUUCCGAUUCAUGUGUGCCUUAUAUCAGUUUUUCCUAGUC